GGAGGCUUUCAAGACCGACGGAAGACUGGCGUUACAGUUCGUGAUCAGAAAAAAGACGGUGCUCUCAGCCUUUUAAUCACACAUGUGCAAUUAAACACGUAUACUCUACAGAAAUAUAAAGUUCGUGAACGGAAAUUGACAUGUUAUUGAUAAGCGUCUUCUAAAGAAGCCAAAGUCUUUGUAAGUGAGAAAUACAUUGAAAAGAAAGAUGCAGAUCAAAGAUAAACGGGUUAUAGUGACCGGAGCGGCAAGUGGUUUAGGUCUGGCAUUUAGCAGAGAGCUGCUGCGAAAUGGUGCUUCCAUGAUAAUUAUGAUCGAUAUUCGGCAAUCUCAUGGAGAACAAGCUGUGCAGACUUUGAACAGUGAAUUUGGCCGCAAGCGCGCUGUAUUUCUCCAUUGUGAUGUGACAAAUAAUUCUGAAUUUGAUUCCACUUUCAAAGAGGCAAUCAACAUUUUGGGCGGACUGGAUGUGUUGGUAAAUAAUGCAGGAUUAAUAAACGAAACGGACUUUUCCAAGACUAUCGAUGUUAACGUAACAGCUGUGAUUCGUGGAACUCUUCUGGGGAUUCAACAAAUGCGAAAGGACUGCGGAGGUAAGGGUGGUGUCGUCGUAAAUAUUUCGUCCGUUGCCGGAUUACGAGCGGUAUCUCAGCUUCCGGUAUAUUCUGCAACAAAGCACGCCGUAGUUAGUUUUAGUCGUUCUUUUGCGCAACCUUAUCACUACGAAAGAACCAAUGUAAAGGUGAUCGUCCUGUGUCCCGGUUUAACCGAUAUACAAGUCCUGGAAGGCUUCGAAGAUAUUUCGAACGCUGAUAGCGUUUUACAGAACUAUCGACCGCAGCGAGUGGAAAGCGUGGCUCAUGGAUUGGUGUACAUAAUUCGAUGCGCGCAAAACGGUAGCGUGUGGAUAAGCGAGGAUGGAAAACCCGUUUAUGAGGUGCUGCUUCCCGAUACUCUGCCACAAAAGAAAAGUGAAGUCGACGAAAAUCCAACUCCGCGAUCGUUCCGCCGUCGUUCUUCAGCCUCCGAAAAGGCAAAGGAGAUAGAAGCUAUUAAUUGCAUUGUCUCCGGGAAAAAUGUUCUGAUCACCGGCGGAGCGGCAGGACUGGGUCACGCCUUUCUCGGUCACUUUUUAAAACACGGAGCAAACAAAAUAGUUAUAUUGGACAUCGAUGCCGAAACCGGCAAACGGAUCGUGAACGGUAUCGAGAAAUCUUGCGGCGAGAAGAAAGUGCAUUUCAUACACGCCGACGUAUCUAAUCACAAGCAAGUGACCGGGGCCUUCAAAGAGGCAUUGUCGCUGUUGCAAAAUAUCGAUAUCGUGAUUAAUAACGCCGGUAUUUUGGACGAGCGAAGAUGGGAGAAAGAAAUCGCGGUAAACAUCGGUGGCAUGAUCAACACGGCAAUGCUAGCUAUACAACAUAUGAGCAAAGAUACAAGCGGUCACGGUGGUAUAUUGGUGAACGUGAGCCAGCAUAUAGAUAUUCGAAACACAGCUCAGCUUCCGGUUUACACUGCCACAAAACACGCCAUCAUCGGUUUAUCGCAGUCUCUCUCGGAUCCUUAUCACUACGAGAAGACCGGCGUCACUGUGUUAACCUUGUGCCCAGGAUUGACAGAAACCGCUCUGACAGUAGAUAGUCCCAACAAAUUGCUCUCCCGAGUUAUGAAGGCAGAUUUUGUCAAAACUCUCGAACAGUUCUCGAUACAGACGCCUUACGUAGUCGCUCAAGGUCUCAUGACAAUCUUGAGGAUCGGUGAGUCCGGCAGUAUUUGGGUCAUCGAGAACGGCAAACCGCCUUACGAGGUUUACGUGCCGAAUCCGCGUACUCUGCGCCGUCACUACAAGAAUAAUUUCCCGCAUGUCGACACCAAGAUCGUGCGAGGUCGCCCGAUAAAAGGAGAAGUCUGCGACAGUACAAGAACGGGCCUUAUGAGCUGUGCCUGAGUACUCGCUGAUAAAUCGGCAAUCGCGCGCGCUCGACCGUGAUCUCUCCUCAUCAUUUCACUCCAAAAAUCUUUUCGCUCGCAAAAGAUCGCUUCGUACGAAUCACUGCAAGGACGAAGAGAACAACAUGCAGUCGAAAUAAAGUUGCAGUUCGCAGAGAAAUAUUUGUUAUUUUACAUUGAGAAAAUAUUAGUAUACUUGUUUUUUUCUUGCUACAGCAACUGUUUUAUAUAUUUCCGUCCUUAAUUUCUUCACACUUGUAUACGUAUGUUUUCAACUUCACGUUUGUAACAAGUUUGUAACUGAGAUUGUACCUGUGAUACAAGACAAAUAUAUAACAAAUAUUUUGAACAAAAAAAGUACAAAAUAAAAAUAAUGACCCUGUAUUAAUUUUAUAAGCUCAUAACACUUCCAGAACUAACUCGAAAUAUACAUCGCAGUCUUGAAAGUUGGUUGUGCACAUAUGGCGAAUUUUUUAAUCUCGCAAGAAACAGAGACUUAAUAAUUCGUAACAGUGUGUGAGAGUGUGAUAAUGCAGGGCCAUUUAAAUGUGCCAUUUAAACAUGUACAAAAAUUUCGUGUGCAAAAACAAAGAUAAAAUUGCUCCCGAUGGUCCAAAUGAAAUGACCCAUUGAUCUACGGGGUGGGUCGUUACAUCGCGUAACCGUUCUAAUCGAUUUGUUCUUAUCAAUUUAAAACACUCCAGACACAGCGCGUAGAAGACGUAGAUUUUUUUUUUUUUUUUUUUUGCGCGCGACACGUCCUAAUCACAUUGUAUACGUAACGCGUAGCAACGCACGCAAAGAUAACACGCGCUAGAGUUUUUUAUACACCAAAGACGUUACAUAAAUUCUAUUUACAUCCAAAUACAUAUUCCUCUUUUUUUUUGUAUUUUUCUUUCCAAAAUCGCAUGACACGCAGUCUUUGUUUCCCAAGUCGCUCCUUUAAAAUUGGUUUAAACCACUUAUCGUCUCACAUUUAAACUCAUACGUACAUUUUUAUCUCUUAUAUUAACAUUUAUCGAUAAAUUAUAUAAAAUUUAUCGAAGAGGAAGCACAGUACUCUCCGGUAACCGUUUCCCAAUGUUAUAUAACUUCAUUGCGAGAAAUAAGUUUUUAAUUGGUUUUUUUUUUUUUUUUUUUUUUUUGAAUACUGGAGCGAGAAAGAAAGAAAAAAAAUAUGCAGGAGAAUGACAUAGCAAAGUGUUAUUUCAUUAUUUUCAAUAUUAUUCGUACCGGGAAAUCACAAUAUCGCUGUACAAAAGAAAAACUUCUUUUCCCAUACAUGAUUUGUUUUUCAUAUGUUCUAGGCAUAUAACUUAAAAGAUAAUGUCGUCUCACCGUAUCUUCCUUCCCUACUCGUUUACUUUGUUUUAUAUUCCUAUAUAUUAUCCUUUUUACUUUAUUCUGCGUUUUCUCUGAUAGUCUAUUAAAAAUGUGUGUGUGUAUUUGCGGGUUUGCUUAUCAAGUAAUAUAAAUCUCAAGUUAUAUGUGUGUGUGUAUGCAUGUAUUUUGUAUAUAUAAUUAUCUGUAUGCGAGUUGGACUCCGUACGAGCCAUAGAAAAAUAAUAGUCGCAAAUAAUAUUCUUACUCUUUUUUUUUACGUCUUACAUUUUUAAGGACAUCAUGCUUUAUUUUAGUCUUGCUCGUAUCGCCAUUUAACACAAUCCUACGCGCAGCGUUGUCAUGCAUCAAAAAGGAUUCUUCGAAAGCAUGAAUAGUCUAAUCUUUAUGCACUUUAUUUUGUUUAGUCUGGAAGUUUUUAUCACAAGUUACAAUUCUGAAUUCGCGUCACUAAUACAAACUCACAUAAUUUUUUUUUUUUUUUUUUUUUCCCCAUAUACAAAGUGUUCAUUCUCGUUUCAAGACUAGACUGUUCAAAUACGAAAAGAAAACAGAUCAAUUGCAAUUUCACUUCAAUAUAGAUAUGUAUGACUGACUACAUGUUUUAUGAUACUGACUGGUAAGACAGUAUUUUUAUUAUUUUAAUAAAUAAUUCAUUUUAUAUAUAAUUUUUUUUGUGUGUUUUCAUACAUAUGUUAAUUGCAAGUGCGCAAAUCUUAUUUCCUUUUCAGUAUUUUUGCAUAUACCAUGUCAUAGUUUUCGAUCAACAAAACAGCAAGAAAAAAAACAUUGAAAGAGAAAACCAGAUAUCGACAGAAAUAUAUUGUUAGAAAUGGUGUGAAUCUUAAAAUAUUACAUUGACCUAGAUGAACAUCACCUUACUGAUUAUAAAUUUCUUUGAGACUUACGUAUCCAGACUUAUGUCUCAUCUUAUCGAGAUUAUUCGACACAUUUGAGAGCAAUCGAGGAAUCCUUGGUUGCAGAGAGAACACGAUGCCAAUUAUAUGAUUUAACACGAUUUUAGAACUUAGCUACUUACAACAAUAAGAUAGACGCUUACAUCUUUCGUAAUUCUAAGAUACAGAUCUUCCAAAGAAAGAGUAAGCGGGUUAUUUUUAGUUACUCCAAUUUAAUAAUACAAAAAUCCUAUAUAUGGAAACUUAUUUUCGCUCGUUUGUUUUCUUAUAUUUAUCCGCCCCAAUAAAAUUAUACGUUUUACAUGAACUUCAUGCCGAGGAUUUGAAAAAUUUCUCGUCUGUGUACGCUCAAAAACCCAAAA